AUGCCACCGAAGGGCAAAGGCGCAGAUAAGGGGAAGUCGGCAGAUAAGGGAGGUGCGGCGAAAGGAAAGGGGAAGGGAAAGGCCGAGGACAAAGAAGAGAAAGGCGGGAAGGUCAAGGGCGCACAGCAGAUCAAUAUUCGACACAUUUUGACCGAGAAGCAUGCCAAGAAAGAAGAAGCUCUCGAAAAAUUAAAGGGCGGGGCAAAGUUUGACGAAGUGGCAAAGGAGUUUUCCGAGGACAAAGCCAGAGCUGGUGGCGCAUUGGGAUGGAAGACGAGAGGCGACUUGGACCCUACAUUCGAGGAGGCGGCUUUCAACCUUGAGGCCAGCACUCUGGCAAACCCGAAAUACGUGGAAGUCAAGACUGGAUUUGGGUAUCAUAUCGUAAUGGUUGAAGGCCGGAAAUAG